GCGCGGCCGAAGCGGGCGAGGGACGCGGCGGCGGUUGGCUGUGGCUGUGGAGUCCGGCUCCGGCCGGGAGAGGCGGCAGAGGGGGACCCGCCGCGGCGGCGGCAGCGGUUGAGGCGGCGUUCCCGACCGCGCGCUCCGGGCGGGGCGCGGCGGGGGAUGAGCCGGCCCCGGCCGGGCGGAGUCUCGCUGACAGGGCGGGGGAUGCGGGGCGGCCGCUGGCCUGGAGCCUGAGGCUGCUGGGCCCACCCUCCCCGGAGCAGUCCGACCCCCGGGGGCCUCGUCGUCUGCUGCCUCCCGCGGCCCGACCCUGGAGCCGAGGGCGGGAGGCGGCUUCCGCCCGAGAGGAGGGGGCUGUGGUGGCCACCGCGGCGGAGCCCGAGUUCUUCUGCCAUGAAAAUGAUUUGCAUAAUUUUGAAUACAUACUAUCCAUGCUGAUGGGAUAGGAUCCAAUAUGAAUAUAAAUGAUGGAGGAAGACGACGCUUUGAGGAUAAUGAACACACACUACGUAUAUAUCCUGGGACAAUUUCAGAAGGGACAAUUUACUGUCCAAUUCCUGCCAGAAAAAACUCUACAGCUGCUGAGGUGAUUGACUCUCUUAUAAAUAGACUUCAUCUUGAUAAAACAAAAUGUUACGUUCUAGCAGAGGUAAAGGAAUUUGGUGGAGAAGAAUGGAUACUCAAUCCAACAGACUGUCCAGUUCAACGAAUGAUGUUGUGGCCCAGAAUGGCCCUGGAAAAUCGCCUGAGUGGAGAGGACUACCGCUUUCUUCUGAGAGAAAAGAACCUUGAUGGCUCAAUUCAUUAUGGUAGUCUUCAGUCAUGGCUACGGGUAACAGAAGAACGUCGCAGGAUGAUGGAACGGGGUUUUCUUCCACAGCCUCAACAGAAAGACUUUGAUGAUUUAUGUAGCUUACCUGAUUUGAAUGAGAAAACUCUCCUAGAAAACCUACGAAAUCGUUUUAAACAUGAAAAAAUUUAUACCUAUGUUGGCAGUAUUCUUAUAGUUAUUAACCCAUUCAAGUUUCUUCCUAUUUAUAACCCCAAAUAUGUCAAAAUGUACGAUAACCAUCAAUUGGGAAAACUUGAGCCCCACAUUUAUGCUGUGGCUGAUGUAGCCUAUCAUGCCAUGCUGCAGCACAAGAAGAAUCAGUGCAUUGUGAUUUCUGGAGAGAGUGGAUCUGGGAAGACUCAAAGCACAAACUUUCUCAUUCAUCACCUUACUGCUCUCAGUCAGAAAGGAUUUGCCAGUGGAGUAGAACAAAUUAUUCUUGGAGCUGGGCCAGUACUUGAGGCCUUUGGAAAUGCAAAGACAGCUCAUAAUAACAAUUCAAGUCGUUUUGGGAAGUUUAUUCAAGUAAAUUACCAAGAAACAGGCACUGUACUUGGUGCCUAUGUUGAAAAGUAUCUACUGGAGAAGUCCAGGCUUGUUUAUCAGGAGCAUAAUGAACGGAACUAUCAUGUUUUCUAUUACCUCCUGGCAGGAGCAAGUGAAGAAGAGAGAUUAGCAUUCCAUCUUAAACAACCAGAAGAAUAUCAUUAUCUCAAUCAGAUAACAAAGAGACCCCUCAGACAGAGCUGGGAUGAUUAUUGCUAUGACUCUGAGCCGGAUUGCUUUAUGGUGGAAGGGGAAGAUUUGAGGCAUGACUUUGAACGUUUACAGCUGGCGAUGGAAAUGGUAGGAUUUCUUCCCAGGACCCGAAGACAGAUUUUCUCUCUUCUCUCAGCAAUACUACACUUGGGUAAUAUCUGUUAUAAAAAGAAGACAUAUCGGGAUGACUCCAUAGAUAUCUGUAAUCCUGAAGUUCUGCCUGUUGUCUCAGAAUUAUUAGAAGUUAAGGAAGAGAUGCUAUUUGAAGCAUUAGUUACAAGGAAGACUGUGACAGUGGGAGAAAAGCUUGUUUUACCAUAUAAACUUGCAGAGGCUGUGACAGUGAGGAAUUCUAUGGCUAAGUCUUUAUAUAGUGCCCUGUUUGAUUGGAUAGUUUUUCGGAUUAAUCAUGCACUUUUGAAUAGUAAAGAUCUGGAACAAAAUACCAAGACUUUGUCUAUUGGUGUUCUUGAUAUUUUUGGGUUUGAAGAUUAUGAAAAUAACAGCUUUGAACAGUUUUGUAUUAAUUUUGCUAAUGAACGUUUACAACAUUACUUUAAUCAGCAUAUCUUUAAAUUGGAGCAAGAGGAAUAUAGAACUGAAGGCAUCAGCUGGCACAAUAUAGAUUAUAUUGAUAAUACCUGUUGCAUAAAUCUUAUUAGCAAGAAACCAACAGGACUGCUCCAUCUUUUGGAUGAGGAAAGCAACUUUCCUCAAGCUACAAAUCAAACAUUGCUAGACAAAUUUAAGCAUCAACAUGAAGAGAAUUCUUACAUUGAAUUUCCAGCUGUGAUGGAGCCUGCUUUCAUCAUAAAACAUUAUGCUGGGAAAGUAAAAUACGGGGUAAAGGAUUUCCGGGAAAAAAAUACAGAUCAUAUGCGUCCAGAUAUUGUAGCCCUUCUGAGAAGCAGCAAGAGUGCAUUUAUCUCCAGCAUGAUUGGAAUUGACCCCGUAGCUGUUUUCCGAUGGGCAGUUCUCCGGGCUUUUUUCAGAGCCAUGGUUGCUUUCAGGGAAGCUGGGAAAAGACACACUCAGAGGAAAACUGGACAUGAUGAUACAGCGCCAUGUGCAAUUUUGAAAAGUGUGGAUAGUUUUAGCUUUCUCCAACACCCAGUCCACCAGAGGAGCUUAGAGAUUCUGCAGAGGUGCAAGGAAGAGAAGUACAUGUGCCUGCCUCUCCUCAGUGACUUUUCUGAGAUUUGGCAGGAAAAAAAAUUAGUGGAGUGGGGAAGAAAAUGGAAUUCUAAGGAGCAUGAGCUUCAGCCCCACUUCCACAAAGGUAUAACUAGGAAAAAUCCCAGAACACCUCUUUCUGAUCUCCAGGGAAUGAAUACUCUAAAUGAAAAAAACCAACAUGAUACAUUUGAUAUUGCUUGGAGUGGCAGAACUGGGAUACGCCAGAACAGACUUUCAAGUACUACCUCCCUGCUUGAUAAAGAAGGAAUAUUCACUAAUUCAGCUAGCAGUAAACUCUUGGAGAGAGCUCAUGGAAUUCUCACGAGAAACAAAAACUUCAAAUCCAAGCCUGGCCUUCCUAAGAACUUGCUAGAGGUAAAUUCUUUAAAGCACCUGACAAGACUGACCCUACAGGAUCGCAUUACCAAGUCUCUUCUUCAUUUGCACAAGAAGAAGAAACCUCCCAGCAUCAGUGCCCAGUUUCAGGCCUCAUUAAGCCAGUUGAUGGAGACACUUGGUCAAGCAGAACCAUAUUUUGUAAAAUGUAUUCGUUCUAAUGCUGAAAAGCUGCCAUUACGGUUCAAUGAUGCCUUGGUACUUAGACAGCUUCGGUACACUGGAAUGCUGGAGACAGUUCGAAUCCGCCAAUCAGGAUAUAGCUGCAAAUAUUCUUUCCAGAAUUUUGUGAGUCACUUCCAUGUACUUCUUCCCUGCAAUAUUAGUCCAUCCAAAUUUAACAUUCAGGAUUUCUUCAGGAAAAUAAAUCUUAACCCAGAUAAUUAUCAAGUUGGAAAAUCCAUGGUCUUUCUAAAGGAGCAGGAACGACAGCACCUGCAAGAUCUCCUUCACCAAGAGGUGCUCCGCAGAAUCAUAUUGUUGCAGCGGUGGUUCAGAGUCUUGCUGUGUAGGCAACAUUUCCUCCAUCUGAGACAAGCAUCCAUUAUUAUCCAGCGAUUCUGGAGGAAGUACCUAAAUCAGAAGCAAGCCAGAGAUGAAACUGUGCAGAAAGAUGCUUUGGUUAUAGCUAGGGCUGCCUCUCUCCUCCAGGCUUCGUGGCGUGCAUACUUAGAGAGGCAACGGUACUUGGAACUCAGGACUGCAGCCAUCAUCAUCCAGCAGAGAUGGAGGGAGCACUAUAGGCGGAGGCACUUGGCUGCCCUCUGCAUUCAGACAAGAUGGAAAGGCUACAGGGAAAAUAAGAAGUACCAAGAACUAAGGAGCAAAAUUAUCUUUUUGCAAUCAACAUGUAGAGGAUUCAGAGCAAGACGAAGAUUUAAAGCUUUAAAAGAACAAAGAGUGAGAGAAAUAAAACUAGAACCUGGGUUAAUGGAUUUUGAGUCAUAUGGACCUCUGGAAAUUCAGGGUUCAGACCCUUCGGAAUGGGAGGAUUGUUCCUUUGACAACAGAGUACAAGCCAUAGAGGAAUGUAAAACUGUGAUAGAGAGUAAUCGAAUCAGCCAUGAAAGUUCAUUGGAUGGUUUGAAGGAUUCCCCAAACAAGCGACAGGAGAGAACAAGAAGCCAGAGUGGCAUAGACUUGGAGGAAGAUGUGAUUGUAAGAGAAAGGCCUAAGUCCUUGGAGGAUCUCCACCAGAAGAAAGUAGGUCGAGCCAAAAGAGAAAGUCGGAGAAUGAGAGAACUAGAACAAGCUAUAUUUAGCUUAGAAUUGCUGAAAGUCCGUUCUCUUGGUGGAGUAUCUCCUUCAGAGGAACGUAGAUGGUCCACGGAACUGAUACCUGAGGGCCUUCAGUCUCUCCAGGGUACACCUGAUAGUGAAAGCUCUCAAGGAAGCUUAGAACUUCUGAGCUGUGAGGAAAGUCAAAAGAGCAAAUUAGACUCCGUAAUUUUAGAUAAUGAGGACUUGCAGCCUUUAUCAUAUGAGGUAUCUGCCAGUCCGACAUUUGAUUCACAGAACAGUGCCCCCAGUGCUUCAACUGAGACUAAAUCUGUAUUGACUCAAAACGGAGCAUCCUCUGACUCAGUUUAUUUGAAGAAUGGGACUAUGAAGGCCAGGCUGCUUUGCAGUUCUGAAUCUAUUACUUGUAAGCCACAGGUAAGAGACUCCGUUAUUUCCAAUAGUCUGCCUACUUUUUUUUAUAUUCCUCAACAAGAUCCCCUGAAAACAAGCUCUCAACCAGACACGUGUAUCCAGAGGAACAAAGUGUUGGAAAGUGAAGUCAGGCUUCCAGCUCUUCGUUUGGAUAACAGUGGGGAAGCCAGAAAGUGUCAUUUCUCAGGAGAAAAUGCAGUUGUCCCUUCUUUGAAUACUGAUUCUUCUAAUACUGUGCUUAAGAAGUUAGAAAAGCUAAAUACCGAGAAAGAAGAAAGGCAAAAGCAAUUGCAGCAACAGAAUGAAAAAGAGAUGAUGCAACAGAUUCGACAACAAACAGAUAUUCUAGAGAAGGAACGUAAAGCAUUUCAGACAAGUGAAACAUCAAGAAUUGGGGAGUCUCUCCUGGCACCAUCUUUUCCUCAAUCCAAGCAGAGAGUAGAAAGACCGUCCUCUCUCCUCAUCCUGAAUACACCCAAUAAGGGAGAAUCCAGUAUACUAGGAUCUCAGUCAUUGACUAUAAAAGAUGCAGCUCUUGCUCCCAAAGGCAGUUCCUCUACUCACCUACCCCUGAAGGACCGACCUGUGACCAUGUUCUUUGAAAGAAAAGGUGGCUUGUGCCAAUCUAGUACUGUAAAGGAAUUACCCAAGACAGAUAAAAUGUUCACCCAAGUGAAUCCAGCCUCUAAACACUCCAAUAAUCGCAUCUCAAAAAGAGAACACCUCAAGCCCAUUCAGUCUUACAGCCACAAAUUUGAUGACUCUUCCAGAAGUGGAACAACUAGGGAGAUUUUCUUCACGCCAAAGGACAAUACAAAUAUUUCCUUAUUAAGCAAGGAAUCCUUAAACAAUGGAAAUCCUCAAUGCCAUAAAACAGAUGAACCAGCUUUUAAACCUGUGAAGUUAACUGGGCCAGGCCAAAGAGAGCAGGUUGCCAGACCGGCCCAUAAAAAGAAAGCUCGAAUGGCGCGGACGCGCUCCGAUUUCUUGACUAGAGGUACUUUUGCUGAUGGGGAGGGGGAUACAGAGGAAGAUGAUUACGAUGACAUAAUUGAGCCCCAUCUCUCCUUUGACCAAGCUUCUCACUCUGAGCUAGGGCCUGCACCCAACCUCGGUCAGGCCUCUCACAGUGACUCCGAAAUGACUUCACAGAGAUUUUCUUCAGUUGAUGUAGAAGCAAAACUUCAUAAGACUAUGUCUCAAGGAGAGAUUACAACAUUGGGAAUGAGACAGAAGGCUUCAGAUUCAGAUAUAAGACCUCACAGAGCUAAGAUGAGGUUCUGGGCCAAAGGGAAACAUGGGGAGAAGAAGACUACCAGAGUGAAACCUGCUACCCAAACAGAGGUUUCAGUACUCUUUGCUGCCUCAGAUGUGAUUCCAGCUCAUCAGGUUCCAGAUGAAUUACCUCAGCUUCAUCCAACACCUCCUUUGAGCCCAGAAUUGCCUGGUAGUUGCCGGAAGGAAUUCAAAGAGAACAAAGAGCCUUCUCCAAAGGCAAAGCGUAAGCGAAAUGUAAAGAUCAGCAGUGUGGCUUUGGAAUCUAUGCAUUGGCAAAAUGACUCUGUCCAGAUCAUAGCAAGUGCCAGUGAUUUAAAGAGCAUGGAUGAAUUUCUUCUGAAAAAGAUGAAUGACUUAGAUAAUGAAGACAGCAAGAAAGAUACAUUAGUGGAUGUUGUAUUUAAAAAGGCCCUGAAAGAAUUUCGGCAAAAUAUCUUCAACUUUUAUUCAUCUGCAUUGGCGAUAGAUGAUGGGAAAAGCAUACGUUAUAAAGACCUCUAUGCACUAUUUGAGCAGAUUCUGGAAAAAACCAUGAGGCUUGAGCAGCGUGAUUGGAGUGAAUCUCCAGUUAGAGUUUGGGUCAAUACUUUUAAAGUGUUUUUGGAUGAAUAUAUGAAUGAAUUCAAGCCUUUGGAUUGCAUAACCACAAAGGUGCCAAAAACAGAAAGAAAGAAAAGAAGGAAAAAAGAAACUGAUUUAGUGGAAGAGCACAAUGGUCACAUCUUUAAGGCUACCCAAUAUAGCAUCCCUACAUACUGUGAGUACUGUUCUUCUUUGAUAUGGAUAAUGGACCGAGCCUCAGUUUGCAAAUUAUGCAAGUAUGCUUGCCAUAAGAAGUGCUGUCUAAAAACCACAGCCAAAUGCUCUAAAAAGUAUGAUCCAGAGCUGUCAUCUCGGCAGUUUGGAGUUGAACUGUCCCGUUUGACCAGUGAAGAUAGAACUGUUCCUUUAGUGGUGGAAAAGCUCAUAAACUAUAUUGAAAUGCAUGGGCUGUAUACAGAAGGUAUUUACCGAAAGUCUGGUUCAACUAAUAAAAUCAAGGAGCUUCGACAAGGUCUAGAUAUAGAUGCUGAAAGUGUAAACCUCGAUGACUAUAACAUACAUGUCAUUGCAAGUGUAUUCAAACAAUGGCUUCGUGAUUUGCCCAAUCCUCUCAUGACAUUUGAGCUUUAUGAGGAAUUUCUUAGAGCUAUGGGCCUUCAGGAGAGAAAAGAAACUAUACGUGGUGUAUACUCUGUGAUUGACCAGCUCUCUCGAACUCAUCUCAGUACACUGGAACGCCUCAUAUUUCAUCUAGUCAGGAUUGCUCUACAGGAAGACACUAAUCGAAUGUCUGCUAAUGCUUUGGCCAUUGUGUUUGCCCCUUGCAUUCUCCGCUGCCCUGAUACCACUGACCCACUACAAAGCGUGCAGGACAUCAGUAAGACUACCACCUGCGUGGAGCUGAUUGUUGUGGAACAAAUGAAUAAAUACAAGUCUCGUCUCAAAGACAUCAGUAGCCUAGAAUUUGCUGAGAGUAAGGCAAAGACCAGGCUGUCACUGAUUCGUCGAUCAAUGGGAAAGGGACGUCUCCGUCAAGGAAACUAUCCAAGUCCAUCAUCUCCUGUUGUAGUUCGGUUGCCUUCUAUGUCUGAUGUACCAGAAGAGAGCUUGCCAAGUGGGGCAGCCAUGGAGACUGACAUCACAGAACAGCAACAAGCAUCCAUGCAGCAGGAGGAAAGAGUACUGACUGAGCAGAUUGAGAACCUACAGAAAGAAAAGGAGGAGUUAACAUUUGAGAUGCUUGUACUAGAACCUCGUGCCUCUGAUGAUGAAACUCUUGAGUCAGAGGCCUCCAUUGGGACUGCAGAUAGCUCAGAAAAUUUGAAUAUUGAAUCUGAAAGUACCAUCUCUGAGAAAUCAGAAAGAAGCUUAGCCCUUUGCUCCCUGAAGGCAGUUGGCAAAUCUGAACCUUCAAGCAAGUUACGAAAGCAGCUAAAAAAGCAGCAAAACUCUUUGGAUUCAGUGGACUCUUCAGGUUCUUCAUUGUGUGCGUCUAACAUUGCUUCUUCUCAUGGGACCAGGAAACGAUUUCAAAUUUAUUCCAAAUCUCCAUUCUACCGAGCUGCCUCAGCUGGUGAAGCCCCAGGAAUGGAAGGGCAAUUGGGCCAGACCAAAUCCCCGGAAGACAGGCCUCAGUUCAUCAGCAGAGGAACCUUCAACCCUGAAAAGGGCAAACAAAAACUAAAGAAUGUGAAAAAUUCACCUCAGAAAACCAAAGAGAUCCCAGAGGGAACAGUUGUGUCUGGUCAUAGGAAAACUGUGGACCCAGACUGCAGCUCCACCCAACAGCUAACUCUCUUUGGAAAUAAUGAGUUUAUGGUCUGAACUGGCAGAUGUGUGUCCCUUCAUGGUUACAGAGUGGUAAACACAUCUCAUCUUUGAGGCCUCUGCUCAUCACCUCGACCACAGCAGUCCAUAGUAAUUGUGGGUCUGCCUUUUGCCCAAGCAUACAGCUAAGACCUUGUGUGCUGAAUUCCUGGGCCUCCUGCAGAAAUAGAAAGGCCUCUUUGAAGCCUGCUGAGGAUGGUGCCAGCUGUGCCUUGGCUGCUAUUAUUUGACUAGAGAUUUCGCUAAACAAAGCCACCAAGGGCCUGGGGAUUUGGGUCAGUUGUGGAGGUUUUUGUAGUUGCCUCUCUUCCACCCUCUUCACCUUCUUUUCCCUUCCCAGAAGUGGGUGUUGAAUUGGGAGGGUGAGGGUAGUUUGUGGGUCUAAGGUAUCCACUGAUUUCGAUAUUUGAAAGAAACACAUAAAUCUUUCUUAACCACAAAAGCAAAAACCUUUGGGUUUAUUUUGGGCUAGUUAGAAGCUGGGGUAGAGUAUAAUUUUUUUCCAAGGAUUUAUAAACAAAAAGCCUAAGCCCUCUAUUUUAAGAAUUUUGAAAAACACUCCAUGUUAUAUUCUGGGGAAAG